AUGUGUCGAAGAUUUCCCCAUAAUUACAAAUCUGCGGAUCCGCUGAACCCCAUACCUCCUCCUGACACGCCGGAGGAGUUCAUCAACAUGGUUCGAAAACAUCACAAGAAAAAUCGUAAGGAACGACUUGAACACGAUACGGAGCAGAAAGUAUGUGCCAACUCAUGUGACAAGGCCAUUGCGGCCCGAGGAACUCUCGGCAAGCCAGGAUAUCGAGAGCGCGUACCCUUGCGCUUGAGCGGCCACCAUGCUCUUCGACUUUGUGAUGAGAUCAAACGUAGCACAGAAGUGGGCUGGGAUGGUUUUCGCGCCGUACAACGGAAAGCCUACGUGGCCCUGCAAGCAGUAAUUAAAGACACAUCGGACCACGCUCUAAUAAAGAGGCUGGGAAAGGACGAUGCAAACGAAGUCUCGGAAGAUGAGAUGAUGUCGCUGGUCAAGAUCUUUUCAACGAUCUUCUUUCCAACUAAAUGGUCGGACGCUAAGAUGGAACUAGACUUCAAGUGGGAAGAUUGGAGAGACCGCCCAGAGAUAAUUGGCCUAUACUGCAGUCCUACAACCGGAACACCUAGCAUUCACAUGUCUGCUUUCAACUAUGACGAUAAAGUACCAAGCUAUGGUGAACUGAAUGGCUUAGCCAUGGACCGUCUGGCUACGAUCCUUCACGAGCUUGUACACGCGUACCUGGAUCAUUAUGCCUGCCGUUGUAUGAAGAAUCAGGAGUCGUUCGAGGAAGAUGUUGAUCAACUCGAGGGGCAUGGAUGGGCGUGGCAGCGAAUAGCAAGCUUGGUAGAACGCGCCGCUCCUGAUAUCAUCGGUCUCCCGCUGAAUCUGACGCGGUUUGAAGCUAUCAAGUGCCAUUGGGGUGCACUUACAUAUUGGCCGACACAAAAGGAGGCCAACGACUGGCAGCUGUAG